GUAGAACAGACCAAGACCCUUUUGUUUUUUCUCUUUCUUCUUUUCUUUUUUUAUUCAAACAAUGGUAACCCAUUCAAGAACAGCUAUUAUUGGUGCAGGUGCUGUUGGUGCAUCACUUGCUUAUGCGCUUAUGUUCAAGAACGUAUGCUCUGAAAUUCUUAUCGUGGAUGUCAGUCCAGAUAUCGUCAAAGCGCAAGUACUCGAUUUAGCUGAUGCAGCCAGCGUAAGUCAUACGCGCAUUCGCGGUGCUGCACCUGAAGAAGCCGGCCAGGCAGAUAUCAUUGUCAUUACAGCAGGAGCCAAACAGAAAGACGGUGAACCACGCACCAAGCUGAUUGAGCGUAAUUAUCGUGUCCUUAAUAAUGUAGUCAGUAGCAUGCAACCCAUUCGAGAAGAUGCUGUUAUCUUGAUUGUUUCAAAUCCGGUGGAUAUCUUGACGGCCAUUACACGCAAGCUUUCUGGCUUACCGGCAAAUCAAGUGAUUGGCUCGGGUACUUAUCUGGAUACCACACGUCUUCGUGUUCAUCUCGGUGAAAUUUUUGACGUUAACCCACAGAGUGUGGAUGCACUUGUGUUGGGUGAACAUGGUGACUCGCAAAUGAUUGCAUGGAGUGCAGCUACCAUUGGAGGACAACCUUUAAGUUCUUUUCCCGAGUAUGAAACGCUCGAUAAAAAAGCAGUGGCUAAAAUCGUAUCUGGUAAGGCGAUGGAAAUUAUUCGUUUAAAGGGUGCUACGUUCUAUGGCAUUGGUGCUUGUGCGGCUGAUUUGGUUCAUUCAAUUGUGUUGAACAAAAAAGUGGUUCACCCGGUGUCAGUCUUUGUUGAGCGACUUGGUGUAACAUUGUCUAUGCCUGCCAAAAUAGGCUGGGAAGGAGUUCAAUGUGUUUAUGAAGUGCCGCUUACUGAGGAAGAAGAAGAAAACCUUCAACAAUCAGCUGCUGCCCUUCGUGAAAUAGAAGCACUUUACUGAUGAUACCCUUUGACCCUAAUUGAGAUACAGACAAUGAACAUACUCUCGUUUUUUUCAAAAAAAAAACAUUCGGUUUGUACGUAAUUAAACAAUUUUUUAAAGCAUAGUAAAAACAAUCCGAAUAAACGGGUUUUUAUAUCCUAAUAUAGAUAACAAAAUGUUUGUAAUCGACCCCAUAGUUGUAUUUGACAAAAACGGUUUCUGGUACAGACAAUUGUUACAAAAGCAGCGUAUAUGAUUGUCUCAUUAAUAUCUUUUAGAUUGGUUCGAGAUCCGCGUUGCUGCUAUUGUUGUAGUCACUAUACGUUUCUAUCGAAUCUAUCAAAAAGAUGCCAUAUCUAGACGCUAUUGUCAAAGAAGUAGGUUACACUGAGUUAAUUUAAGCUGAAUCAAACAUGAUAGACUCUUCGAUUGAACUCUCCCAU